AUGACAUUCUACAACCACCGCACCGCAGCGCAGGCCCGCGCACGGGAGCUGGAGAUGGAACAGAAGGCCGCGCAGCUGACCCAGUUUGCAAACGAGCACCGGGUAGGCCUUGCCAUGGAGAAGAUGGAGGACGCUGCUGAGUUCCGCCGUGCGCGAGCCACACGUCGCGAGGCAGAAAGGGAGUUUGCUAUGAUCCGGGAGCACGAGGAAGAACAAAAGAGACGCGCAGCGCUAGAGGCUCGUAUACGACGUGAAGAACAAGAAGCACAGGAGAAGCGCGCAGCGCACCAGGCACAUCUCGCGUUUUGUGCAAAGAAGGACAUUGUGCUCAGCAAAUCAGAUGAGAUCAAGACUUUGCGGCGAGCAAUAGAGGCAGCCAUAGCAGCGAAGGCGAACGCCCUUUGGACCGAGGAGCAUCGACGCAAUGCCGCUGCUGCUACUAGCGCAGCUCUGGCAUGCGAAAAGGCCGAGAUUGCUGCUGAGCUGGAGCGGAAGCGCCAGGAGGACGAGGCAAUGAUGCUUCGGAUGCGCGAGGAAGAGGAGGCCCGGCGAUUGGAGAUAGAAGAGAUGCGCGCACUCCGUGCAGCCCGGAUUACCCAGGAAGCAGAGCACAUGAAGAAACUCGAGCAGGAUCUCGUGAAGGCAGCCAUUGAGGCGGCCAUGGCCGAGCGUGCUGCUCAACUCCAAGCCGUGGAGGCCAAACGCACGCAGGCCGCACUUGAUCAAAAAGCCUUCUUAGAACAGAGGAGGCUGGCUGUGGAAGAGGCAAAGAAACGAGAGCAAGAAGAAGAGCUCCUUAUUGCAAAGUACGAACGCGAACAGGAGGAACGUGUUGCUCGGCGUGAGAGCCUUAGGAAGCGCCAAGCAGACGAGCGUGACUCGCUACUUAAGGCUUUGGCUGAGGAGUUAGCCCAAAAAGAACGGAGACGCGAGCGUCUUGAGGAACUUCGUAUUGCCCUUGCAGCGGCAUACGAGGAGCAAAAGCGGCUACAGGCAGAGGAGGAAGAUGAACUUAAGAAGCAAAAGGUGCGUCAAGAACUGCAGGCUGCCUUCAAAGAGGCUCAAGAGGCCCGCGCUCUGCGUGAAGCAGAGGAGCGCGCCCAGGAAGAAGAGUAUAAGAGGAGGCAGCUUGAAGACUACAGGCAUUCAGAGGAAGUGGAGCGUGUUAAUGAUAGGCGCCGCCGCGAACUUAUGGUUGCAUUCGGGCAAGAAAUGUCUCGCCAGAUCGAAGCCAAUAGGGCUGCACGUGAACAGGCAGAGGUGGAGCGUCGUGCUGAGGAGCAGCGGAUUAUGAAGUUAGGAGAGCUAGAUGAUGAAGCUCUGGCAAUCAUCCGGGCAGAACGUGAAAGAUUGGUGCGGGAUUAUGUCGCAGAAGUAUUGGAGUACAUGCCUGUCGGCAUUCUUACAGACGAUGAUUUGCAAUAUCUUCCGCUGGAGGUGCAAGAAAACAUAAAAGGCUUGCGCCUGAAUAAAGAGUUCAAUGAUCUUGGGGUCCAGGAACAUGCCUCUGAGUUGACAACUGGUCUUACACCACCUACACGAGACAAGAUUGACGCCAUUGAACGCCACCAGGCAGAAUUAAAGCAGCGAUUUACAUCCCCCUUUCCUUGGUAA